AUGGUAUCGACUACCCAUUCCUAUGCCACUGCACUUGCCGACGGCCUCUCUACUCCUCUUUCAGAGACUGAUUUUCAUAUAGGGUUAAAAUUGCAUCCGGUCAACUUGGAAAUUCUCUACUCCUUAGCAAUUGCUUACGUUUUGGAACCAUUUGUGGUUAUUGUGUGGGCAGGUGAAUCAAGUUCAUCUCCCAAUUUGGAAACAAAGAAAAGGAGGAGAAAAGAUUCAGAAGGUCAGAAUGAAAUGAAUCUUGAGCAUGUUCCGAAGGAACAUGUAAAUAGGGGUAAUAUAAAGAUUAAAGCUGCUGCAAGGAAUGCUCCUUUGGUGGCAAGGAACUUAAAUCAAGGAAAAGUUGUGAAUUCAUUUGGUGAACAUUAUCAAGAAGGAAAGCUUCUGAAAAUUAAACCAAUUGCUUCCCCAGUCAUAUAUAAGAAACAAUCUAAUCAGUUUGGCAUCAAUUUAGAUGUUCCCCCAUCUACAGGAAUGCUAAACAAGGAUGCUUCAUCAGCCAAGCUUGAACCGAAGGAUGUUGGCAAGACAUCUCAGGAGAAAGCAGUUGCUUCUCAAGUUGAACCUCAACCAAAGAAGUUGUUCAACUGUGAAAAUGAAAUGGAUCAGUUACCAAAAAUACGGCACGAGGACAGGUGCAAAACUUCUGAGUAUCUGCCAAUGACUUCCUAUCCUACACCGACAGAUCCCUUGUCUCACCGAGUCGACAAUGUCACAAUAAGACCUAAGGGAACCACGCUUGAACGGGCUAUUCAAGAGCUUGAAAAGAUAGUCGCACUAUCUAGACCGCCAAAUCCUGCAGUUCGAGAAGUCGACUCUCUAGUCCAAGGUGUUAAAAGAAGACUACCUCAAGAAGUUAAGCAGAAGCUUGCCAAAGUUGCUCGAUUAUCGGCAAGCCAGGGCAAAAUCUCAGAAGAGGAGCUAAUUGAUCGCCUAAUGGGUUUUCUUGGUCACUUGGUACAGCGCAAGACCUUGAAGAGAAACAUGAGGGAGAUGGUCGAAUUAGGUCUUUCUGCAAAACAACAGAAGGCUGACAAAUUACAGCAAAUUAAAAAGGAGGUCCAUCAAAUGAUAAAAUUACGUGUCUCAAUUUUGAAAUCCAAGGGGCCUGAUCAACUAGAAGGUUCAGCGGAUGAUUUUCAGAAUGCUAUUAGCACUGAUGAGAGGAAGGCCUUAACUGGAAGAUACAGCAUUGAUGUUGCAUUGGAAGAAAAGCUUUGUGACCUCUAUGAUUUAUAUGUUGAGGGAAUGGAUGAAGACAAGGGCCCACAGAGCAGAAAACUUUAUGUUGAGUUUGCAGAGCUAUGGCCUCCUGGUUACAUGGAUAAUCUAGGAAUCAGGGAUGCAAUAUACAGGGCAAAGAAGCGCAGACAGCAUAAGCUUCAGGUUCGUAAUAAAGAGAGGAUUGAAAGGAAGAAGUUAACAGCAACAGCGAAGUUGGAGAAGCCAAGUCCGAGCACUCAACCACAAGCUGAUCAAGAAAGACAUCUGGUUCCCCGUCCUCUCCAGGAUAAGCCGAUUCCAAAUCUAAGCACCGCUUCUCAAAACAAACUGAACGAUCCAUCUCCAUAUCGGAGCGAAGGAUCUGGAUCCAAACACCAUGAAAACGCUCGAGGAAACAGCUCAGACAUUAUUUCAGAUGGUGGAAGCAAAAUGGUUUCUGCAGAUAUGAAAAAGAAUAUGAAGAGGAAGUCUGAAAUAGAGGGAGAUUGCCAUGCUCAUCCACAGAAGAUGCUGGCACGGCCUGGAAAGAUAAAGCAUAAUCUGCAUGGGCCUAACAAUGAUUCAAAUCCUGGCCUCCAACCCAAACCAGUUGUUCAAAUGCCUGCUUCUGUAGCCUCAGUCCAGCCUUGCUGAUAAUAGAUGGUGUAUAGCUUUUUUUUUAAAAAAUCUCCUUUACUUAAUGCUUCAAAUGCCCUUUUUUAUUUUUAGAUCUACUUUUACUUUGUGAUGCUUUUUGAAUGCAAGGAAAUUUGAGUGAAAUGAA